AUGGAUACCAGCAGCUCCGCCAGUGAAGCUGGCUCAAACCGCUGGAAGUACGAGGUGUUCCUGAGCUUUAGAGGCGAAGACACCCGCAACGCCUUUACAAACCACCUCUUCAUUGCAUUACGCAAUGCCGGAAUUAACACUUUUAUAGAUAACCAGCUCACAAGGGGGAAAACCAUACAGAGUGAACUUGACCAAGAAAUCGAAGGAUCGAGAAUCGCCCUCCUCGUCUUCUCGAAGGGGUACGCGGAGUCCCGGUGGUGCCUGAGGGAGCUGUCGAAAAUCAUGAGGUGCCUAAAAGAACAAGAGGGGAAAAUAGUGUGUCCAAUAUUCUACGACGUUGACCCUUCUCAAGUCAGGAAACAGAAAGUGUGA